AUGGACAGACGACAUGAGAAAAAGAAGAGUGAUAGCAGUAAUACUUUAAGAAUCAAAAAGAGAGAAAGUGAAGAAAUAGAAGUUCAUAAUUAGAAUUCGGAUCGGUUUAAUUCUAAUCAUUCAUAAUUCAAGCACUCACUUAAUAUAUCUGAUAAAAGUAGUUUUCUCGGUCUCUAGAAUCCGUUAUUAUCAUAGGAUAGUAUCUCUGACCGAGCAAAUUGUAGUAAAAGAUAUUCUUAAGAUGAUUUUCAAAAUUAAAUAGACUAUGAAUAACCCAUUCCUUUAAUUCAUCAAAUUGAAAAUGAAAUUAGAUAACGUUGUAGAGCAGACCUAAUUAAAUAAACAAAGUGUUAUGGUGAUAUAAGUGAACACACUAUCCUCAAUCUUAAAACAACAAUUGAAAUAGACGUUGAUAAUGAUAUUUUACGUAAAUAUAACAAACUUUGCAUUCGAGACUACAAAAGGGAUCCUUACUAUAUUAAAUUAGUGGAUUUACAUGGAUAUCAAAGAAUAAAACAUGAACUGCAAGUAGUGUUAUUAUCUUACCUAUAUUUAGAAUUAUAAUGAUCCAUAUGCUUUGUUGAACUUACGUAAAAUCAUCGUUUACAUCUCAUUUGUAAUUCCUAUAAUUACAAAAACAAUAGUUAAUUCUACUGCGUUUCAAUUAUUAAUGACAAUAUUGAUUCUUUUUAAUAUUACACUUUAUACAAUAGUGAAAACAGAGCAUCGAGAAGACACUGGAGAAAUGGAAUAAAUAAUCACAAUACUAUUUUUCACUGAAAUAGGAUUACGUAUAAUUUCAUAAGGACUUUUCUUUUCAAAACAUGCAUAUUUUGUAAAUUUUUCAAGCAUUUUUGAUUUUUCAAUUGUAAUGUUGUCAGCCAUUAAUUAAUAUAGGCCAGAUAUCAUAAUUAUAGAUUUGUCGCCUCUGCGUAUUAUUACCUUAUUAUAAUAUUUGGGUGAUAUUUUUGAUGGUUUAAGAGUUAUGUUGACAGCUUUAAGAUAAUCGAUUCGAUAUAUAUUAGAGGCAUUAGCAAUAGUAGGAUUAUUCUCAUUAUUUUUUGCUUUAGCAGGAUUGUUUUUAUUUCAUGGAUUAUUUAAUUAUAGAUGUGUUCCUAUCAAUCAAGAAAUUGGAGAUGAUUGGAUUUAAUGUAAUAUUGAUCAAUGUCCUGAGGGAAUGGAAUGCAAAUAUGUUGAAUAAACAAUUAAAUUACCAACAUCUUUUAAUAAUAUAAUUUAUUCAUAUGGAUAGAUUUUAAGAACUAUAACUAUGGAUGAUUGGAGUUGGGUCAUGUUUUUUACUAUUCGAAUAUUCAAUCCUUGGGUUUGGAUAUAUUAUUUAUUGAUCAUUUUUGUAUGCGGUUUUUUUAGUUUUAAUUUAGUUAUAGCUGUAUUGAAAACUCAUUAUGCUGAAGCAGCUGAACAAUUCUUUCAUUAAUAGGAAAAAUAAGAAAUCAAUAAACAAUUAUUAGAAGAAAAAUCCAAUCAAGGUAAAGAUGUUCAAGAUUUUGCAAUGCUUCGUUAUAUUGGAUUUCAUAAGACUUUUACUAAAUAUUAUAAAUUGCUUAAUCAUUCAAAAAAAGUAACUUAAUUUAAAUUAGAAGACUUUUAAUCCAAAAACUCUACUCAACCUCGAUUGCUAUCAGCUAAAUAGAGAUUGAAUAACAAUACAUCUGUAAAAUAUUAUGAUUCAUUUCAUAGAACAACUGUAUUGAUAAAUUAUUUGAGUAUUUAACAGAUUUGACACUCAAAAACAUUUUGUUAACCAAAUUCAAAUACCUCAGUAAACAACAAAAAUAAAUUAAUCUAAAGAAUUAUACCGAUGAUGAAGAUUACCUUAAAUUUUUGGAAGAUCUAACCAAAUUUGAAUUUGCCUAAUUAUCAAAAUAAGUCAAUCCAAAAUAAUUACAAAAAUAUACAAGUUUAGAAGAUGUGUUACCAUCCUUUGCGUAUUAAUAUACUUUCUAUAUCACAAUAGAAACAUUUAAAAUUCCAAGGAAAAUAUAGAUGAGAAAGGAAUCGAUUAUGGCAAAUAUUAAUGUUCCUUCGAAUACUAGGUUCCAUAAUAAAAUUAAUAUCAAUAAUAAAUAAUGAAAUCUAACAAUAUUACACAUAGUUUUAAAUGUCCAAUAAAGAAAAGUUAUAGAGCAAAAAAGAAAUAAGGAUAUAAAGAUGCAGAAUCUUAACGUUCACAUAUUGUACGUGCAACAUGUAUUCGAAAUGAAAAGAAGACUUACAAAGGUUUUAGUAAAUAGAUGAUAAGAUCAAAACAGAAGAAUCCAUUCACAAUUAAGAAGGGAAAUAACAUAUAUUUAUUUAUUUAAGGUUGUUAUUGGAGGUAAGAUAAAAUUACAAUAAAAUUAAAGUAAAAGAUAGAGAGAGAGAAGAUUACAAGUAUUCCUUAUGAUAUUGAAUACAAAAAUAUGAGAUUUUAGGAAAUUAAAAAAAAAAGAAUUGUUGAUUUUAAUUGGUCUGGAAAUGAUGUUAUCGAAAAUCAGUAUGCAAAUUUAAAUAUAAAAAAUAUUCUUAUGACAUUAAAUAAAAUAGAUUACAUAGUUUGGGUAAAAGGUUUAUCAGGUAUAUUACAAAUUCUCAGGAAAUAUAUAAAUAGAAUAGUUUCUAGUAAAUUCACUGAGAUUGCUUUAGAUCUAAUAAUAUUCAUUAACUUUACAUUUUUAUCGUUAUAUGGAAUAGUUGAUGCCUAAAUUAUAUCUCAAGUAGAGGAUAUAACAACGAUUCUGCUUUCGAUUGAAACAUUUUUUCGAUAUUGUAGUAUUUCAUUUAAAGAAUUAUCAAACAAUGAUGAGAGUAUUUUGUAAACUUUGAUAGUUAUGUUAAAUUUUAUUGAAUUUACAAUGAGUGAUUAUAUGACUAUAACUGAGCAGAAUUUAAGAUUGAUUAGAGGAACAAAAUGCUUAUUAUUUUAUAGAUGUUUAAAAUAUAAUAGUAUGGCUGUAACAAUUGGACACAUAGCAUCAAAAACAUUUAAAUCAUAUAUUUAUCUUACAUUUUUAAUGUUUGUUGUAAUAUUUUUGUAUGCACUUGUUGGUAUGGAAGUAUAUGCUGGAGAAUUUGAUUAGAAUGAUGUAUUAGGAUAAUUACAUUCUUAUGACAAUGUUCUGAAAUCCUUUAUGACUGUUUUUAAUAUCAUGACUAAUGAUGAUUGGUAUGGUGUAUUUGUAUUAGGAACUGGGAUUAAUGAAACAUUUGGAAUUGUAUAUUCAUACUCUAUGGUUAUAGUACUCAACUAUUUAACAUAUGGCUUAGUAUUAGCUAUUUUAUUAGAUGGAUUUAGUAAGUAUCUAGAUAGAUAGAUAUUUUCAGAAAUAGAAGAAACUGACAAAUUUUAAAUGGGAUCUUCAAAUAAUAAUGAAACAAAUAUUAUUGCUUUUCCUUAAAUAUAAAAUUAGAUUAUUAAGAAGCGUAAAAAUAAAUAAAAGACUGCUUUGAUUUAACAUUUAAUAAAUUCUAUUAGAUAGAUAAACUAAAAAAUAUUAGAUGAAUCACCUGAGAUUUAUGAUGGAAUAUAAUGUGAGUAAUCUUUAUUCUUUUUUAAUAAAUCCAAUAGUCUUCGAAAGAUAUUUAUGAUAAUUGCUAGAUCAAGAUUUUAUAUUUUAAUAAAUGAUUCAGCUUUAUCAGCAUCAAUAAUAAUUUUUAUUAUUUAAACCUAUAAUGAUUAUGAAGAGAACAAAGAAACUUAUCAUUAAGAGAUUUAAUUUUAUAUUAACAUAAUAUUGGCAGUAGAAUAUAUUAUAAAUGUAAUAGCCAAAGGAUUAUUCAUCGAUAGCGGUUCACAUUUUAAUUCAAUCUGGUAAAUUGUAGAUGUUUUUUAUAUAAUAGCUUUCUUUAUAUAAUAUGAGAAAGAUUACUAUGUAAAACCAAUAUUUUAGAUACUUCUUUAUUUUGGAUACUUUAGACCAUUUAAUCUUUUAAGUAGAAUAAAGUUUUUGAAUGUAUUAAGUUCAGCACUUUAUUAAUCUUUAGUAGAUAUAUUGAAUGUAUUAUUAACACUUUUUUCGGUUUGGAUAAUAUUUGGAGUUUAUGGAAUCAUAUUAUAUGAAGGUUAAUUUGGUUUUUGCGAAGAUAAAAUGUAAUUUAGAGUUACAUAUGAAGAAUGUAUUUAGUAAAAUAGAACAUGGAUUAAUUUUAAACAUAAUUUUGAUAAUAUAACAAUGGCUAUUCCAACAUUAUUUACAGUAUCAACAUUUGAUGGUUGGGGUGAAAUGCUUCAAAUUGCAUAAAAUAGUGAUAAUCGUAAUGUAGGACCUGUACCAUUUAAUAGCUAUAUUCAUACUUAUGUAUUUUUUAUAACUUUUUGUUUUAUUGGAUCUAUGUUUUUCCUUAGUUUAUUUACAGGAGUAUUGUUUUCUAAUUUAAAAGCUAAUCAAAGUAAAAUAGAACAAGGGGAAUUAAAUUAAAAUUAAAAAGAAUUUAUUGAAAUAUCUGAAAUAAUUACAAAAGAUAUUCCAAUAUUUUCUACACCUCCAGAUAAUGUUAUUAGAAGAUUUGCAUCAAUUAUAAUGAAUAAUUCUAUAAUGUAAUCUUUCUUUUUUCUUAUCCUUUUAUUAGAUGUUGUUAAUAAUAUUCUUUUUCAUUCUGGAAUGAAUAUGUAAUAUUUAGAAAUUAUUAAUUAUAUUCAUCAUAUUUUUUCAAUCCUCAUCAUAAUUUGGGGUAUGCUUCAAUAUUUGGCUUUGGGAUUAUUUAGAUUCUUUGAUAAUUAUUGGAGAUAAUUUCUAUUUAUUUUAAAUAUCUUUGCCAUUAUUGAUCUUGUUAUGGAUCUAAAAUAUAAUUGGAUUGGAAUCUAUUAUUAUUCAAAUCCUUUAACACAAUAUUUUAGACUGUAUAGAUUAUGUUUUGCAUUAAGAAGUUUAAGAUUGAUCCUUAUAUUCUAAGGUUUGAUUAAUAUAUAGAGAUUGAUGAGAGUAAUGGUAUAUGCACUUCCAUUCUUAGGUAAAAUAUUCUUCAUUCUAAUUGAUACUAUGGUAGUCUUUGCUCUAUUUGGAUGUUAAUUAUAUGGAUAAAUAGAUUAAGGAUAAGUUAUGGAUGAAUAAAUCAAUUUUCAUAACAUUGCAUAAGCUAUGUUAACUUUAUUUAAAUGUGCAUCAGGAGAUGAUUGGAGAACUAUUAUGACAGAUACCAUGCAUCAUAAUCCUAAUUGUUCUUCAGAUUCAUUAUAUUGUGGUUCUACUUACAGCUAAAUUUACUUUUUUUUAUUUAUGUUAUUAUCUAAUUAUGUCUUUUUAAACUUAUUUGUUUUAGGACUCAUUGAAUAAUUUGAAUCCUUUUUUUAAGUUUAAAAUUCCAUCAUAUAAACUUAUGUUGAAAAUGAAGAUCGAAUUAAAACUAUAUGGUGCAAGUAUUUAUAAUAUUAUAAAUAAAGAUACUCUCCUGAAACUUAAGGUAAAGCUAUGCACUAUAAAUUUCUUUGCAGAUUCCUAUUAGAUCUUGGAUCUCCAUUAGGAAGAGGAAAAGAAGAAAAUCUAUGGGAUGCUGCCAAAUAAGCAUCUGCAUUUAAAUUAAAAUGGUAAUUAAUCAUAUUUAUAUUGUUUUUAGUGAUCAUCAUGGUUAUAUACAAUAUAAUCAAUUAAUUUAUGAAUUAUUUAGAACAUGUUUUCAAGAUGAUGUAUUCAAAACUGGAAGUAAAAAGGCUAUCAAAUAGAUUAAGUAAUAUAAUAAAGAGAUGCAAAUGAAAUUAAUGAAUUAUAGGAGAAAUCUAUUUAUCAAACGAGCCAAUAUAUGUUUAGUUGAUCUUAGAACUAAUUUCAAUAUUUUACAUGACUACUUAAAUGUUCUAAUCGUUUUCAAAGCAUGGGAAUCUCACUCUAAAUGCUUAAUUAAAUAAAUUAAUAAAAGAAGUCUAGAAUAUACUGAAAAUACUGAAUCUGAUGAAUAAAACCCAGAAGAGUAUUUUUAUCAUAUUGAUUUUAUGAAAGACUUUAGUAGAGUGGACGUUCUUUUUUAAAUGAAUAGAGCAUUUUAAGAGAAUCUGUUUAAAUUAGUGACAUCGAUAGAAUCCAACCAGUAGUUACAGAUGAAAACUAAUCUUAGCAUCUUCUAACUUUUUAAAGUUAAGAAAUUGUAUCAAUGCCACAACUACCACAUUAUGAUAAUUAAGAGUAGAUCUAUCAUCCAAAAUAAUGA